UUUUCUCUUUCUGUAUUUCUCUUUGGUGGUCCGUGGUGGAGAUUUCUAAGUCCCCUCAUUAUACUUUUUCAGCCGCGGCAGUCCCUUUCAUUACCUAAGGAGUCUCACUGACGUUUGCUAGACCUGUGGACCAUAUUACUGUUCCAUGAGAAUGCAACCUCUCCCACUCAAUUAUUGGCCCACCUACAAAUCCCAUGAGCUCUCUCCCUUCCAUACACUCCUGUCAUAUCAUUUCUGAGAGUGGGAGGGAGGAGGAGAAAGAAGUGAACAAUGAGUUGGAAGAGCAAGAUAUUGAUAAUUGGCGGAACUGGUUAUCUUGGUAAAUUCAUGGUAAAGGCGAGUAUUUCAAUGGGUCAUCCAACCGAUGUCUACAGUCGACCUUCUACUAAGGCCUCCGAUUCUUCUUCCAAGAUUCAAGUCAUCCACGAUUUCGAAUCCAUGGGAGUUCAUAUUAUCCAGGGGUACUUGGAUGAUUAUGAUAAGCUGCCUUCGGUGUUUCAACAAAUUGAUGUUGUGAUCUCAUUGUUGCCUGUUCCCCAACAUUUGGAACAACUCAGAAUCAUUGAUGCCAUCAAGGAAGUGGGUAACAUUAAGAGAUUUUUCCCUUCGGAAUUUGGCGUUGAAUCCCGUAGGGCGCAUAGUUUGCGUCCAUUCCAAAGAAUAAUUGAUAACAAGAAGGAAAUUCAAAGGGCUAUCAAAGAGGCUGGGAUUUCAUAUACUAUUGUGGCAGGGAAUGGCUUUGGUGCUUACUUUGUAGAUUACUUGCUAAACCCUCAGCAUCAAAGGGAUGAGAUUACAAUCUAUGGGGAUGGCCAUGCAAAAGCUGUGCUGAACUUUGAGGAAGACAUUGCUGCAUUCACAAUAAGGUCAGUUGAUGAUGUCUGCACUCUCAACCGCCUUGUCAUCUGCAAACCACCCAAGAACAUCAUUUCACAACUUGAUAUGAUCUCUUUGCGGGAGAAAAGAUGCAGAAAAACCCUAAAGAAAAGAUAUAUCUCAGAAGAGGAAGUAAUUAAACUCAUUGAAAGUCUUCCUCAUCCUGAGAAUGUGGGACCAGCUAUCCUGCACUAUUUAUUUGUUGCAGGGCAGUCCAAUUUGGAAUUGGAAGAGGAUGACUUGGAGCUUUCAAAUCUUUAUCCAGACUACAAAUACACUCCUAUUGUCCAUCUCAUUGACGUUUUAGCUCUUAAUCCAUCCCAUUUUUUAAAAAAAAGCGGUCCGGGGAUAGCAUCCCUAGACCGCUCGUUUUUUUUUUCAAAACUCAACAGCGGUCCGGGAAUGCCAUCUUUGGACCGCUUUUAUUUUUUUCUCCAAAACUUAAAGUUGCAGUCCGAAGAUGGUAUUCUCGAACUGAAACUAAAGUUUUGAAAAAGAAAAGGUGUCUGGGGAUGGCAUCCCCGAACCGCUUUUUUAUUCCAAAACUUAAAGUUGGGGAUGAUGGCAUUCUCAGUCCAAAACUUAAGUUUUGAAAAAGAAAAGCGGUCCGAGAAUGGCAUCCUCGGACCCUACCUUAAGUUUUAACCCCAAAAAAAGCGGUCUGAGGAUGGCAUCCUUGGACGGAGAGGUAAUUCUGUCAAUAAAAAAAAAGACGUGUUGACCGACCUUGAGUGUAAUUUUUGGUUAUAAAGGGAGCAAGUAGCAUUUUUGUAACU